CUUACACUACGACGGCGCAGCCAACACGGUUUACGAUUGACCUAUGGCCUACACGAUCAUGUAACACAUCGCGGCGCUAAAACGUUCCCUAAUCCGACCAACAGAUAAACAAUCUCCACCAUUUUUCACUCGUCUGCGCUCGAGGUUAACAUUUAUCUCCUUUCACUUAAUUACCACACCACAGCAUGACUUCUUUCUUUGGAGGGUAGCGCCAGGACGGCUAGCAGGCCAGAUGCGCCUGGCAGUCGCGCUGUCACAGAUCGCUGUCACAGGUGAUGCUAACCAGCUACUCUUUACCCAAACAACAAGGCAGAAUCGACUGCAGCAUGUGCAGUCUAGGGUUUCAAGAGUUGGACUUUACCUUGACCCGAGCCUUGUUAGGUAACGUUGAAACCUUUCGGCUGCGACGUCAACUCGGCCCGACAUUACUCAAAUAUGCCCGGCCGUUUCCAUAUACUCCAACAUGCCCAUCUCUUCCGUUCGCUCGUACCUUUGCUGCUCUUUACACUCUUAUCUACUCGGUCACCAACUGUUUAUAUGCGGACUUAACCUGAAAAUAAUUCCCGACGCUAUUCAAUCUCGAAAUUACUCCUAGUUCAUGUAAAUCGGUGUCUCUUACUAGACGGGACAAGUUUACAAAUUCAGGGAGACUGGUUUCUUUUCACCUGUCAUGGCAGAGGAUAAAGAAGAUGAGCUGAGGCUGCUCCGGCGACUUGCUAAAAGUUAUGGUAUCUCUUUCAAGAGGCCAUCCGACGAGUGGCCAGAGUGUCACCGUAGACGAUUUGGCGAUAUCCGUGAUCUGGGCGAUACGAAGUUUCAUGCCUACUCGGAAAACGUCACCGUCCGGUCGAUCCAGGAGCCCUGGACGCGGCAGAUUAAAUCUCGGACGCAGUGGCUUGUGAAUAGGGCGUGCGACCUGGCUAUGAACGUUCAGCCGAAAGAGAGUGGAUGGCGUUUGGGACUCGAGAAUGAUGUUAUGCACAGGUUCUUGGUCGAGGUUGCAUGUCCCCAGUGCCGAGCCCGCAUCUGGCGAUCGGAAAUCGAAGCAUCCGACUACAAAGCCGACAGUAGAUGGGUUCAGGAGCUCGAAGAACGUAGAAAAGUUCGCAAGCCGUGCCAAUGCCCCCUUGAGGCCGGUCCUCGAGACUAUUACGAGAUAGGUACGAGUCUGCUUUUCGAUGAUCGAAUCGAGGAGAUCGUGACGCUUGAUAGCGCAUUGAAAGACCUGCCUAAGAAGAAAAUACCCGAUCGCACAUUUGGGUUGAAAAUGACGGAGAAGGUGAACGACCUCCUUGCAAAACUAGCGGUUCGAAUGGCCACGGCCACCGAAGCUUUCGAAUUCACACCGUUCAAGUUAGCGACGAACCCGCCAAUUUUCCCUUUCCUCGUCCUCGAAGCCAAGUCGGAAUCUAGCAAAAAUGGAUUCUAUGAUAUUCAGACUCAAACAGCCUUCCCUAUCUGGAGGUUUCUGAGCCUACAGAAGCAGCUGCAGACGAAGACCGAAUGCAUUGCCGAGGAGCCCUUGGUCUGGUUUCUCGGCAAUAGGGGAAGUGAAUGGAAGGUGUACGGCUGCUAUAUAGAUGAGACGGAUGACAAACCUCGAUAUAACAUUCACCCUUUGUGGGGUGGCGACUUGAUGACCCAAGACGGGGCUCUGCAGCUCAUACUCAUUGUUGAUUACAUCUUGGAUUGGGCAAGAGAUAUAUACCGGCCUUCUAUCCUGCGGCAGCUCAAAUCUUUAGCAUUUGGGAAAGGUUAUGAUGAAGUCAGUAUAGGCUUCGAAAGCGACAUAUAUUCUGUACGCGAUAGGGUAUUUGACUGGAUCGGACCUGCAGCUGACAACCCCGGACGUGAAGAGGAUCUGGAGACGGUCGCUGAGGAACUAGAACCGAUAGACGGUGUUAGCCCUGUCCCUUUGGCGGAUAAGGUCGAUUUGCUAGAGGGUUUGCCUAACACUAAAAUUGGCUCAUUCCGAUCCGCUUCGCAUGUGAAGUACUACUUCAACAGCCUGAACCUCACUGAAGAGAACGUAGAGAGUUUACUGAUUAUCAGCCAAGGGCCCGAUGAUGAGCUCUCCAUGAGUUCCACGCAUGCGAAAAAGCUGGAAGGUAAAUUACAUUCCUGUAGCGAGCUAAUCGUCACUACUCAACAUACCCUGGACGAAAUUGAAUUCAUGUGGACUGGCGAAAAGCGGAAGACCGAUUCUCCUUUCUCUACCGCAUCUGACGUCGAAGUAUAUGUCAUCAUCGAAUAUUCUUGCUUCAUGAGCCCCUCUUGGGAUAUCGUCAAGGAGCUUACCUGUUUUGCCGUUUCGAAGCCGGCUUUCCACGUUCUGCAGGAAUGUGGUCAUCCUAAGGAUAGUCGCAGCACUAGGCAGUUGCAGAACAUACCGAAUGUAUGUCCUAGCACGUCACUGUAUGAAGCGAUAGAGUGCCUUUUGUCGGAUUCUGCCUUGCAAAACCUCCAAGCGUCGAUUUCAAGCACUCUUAUGUCGAUACGCCCGAGUACCGCACAAAAGGACAAAGAGCUGCAGUCGUUUUUCUUUACUUUUAGCCUGCAAGACCAUUCUCAAAUCGGUCAGAUAGUCGAAGAAUACUCCAAAUGCGUUCGCAACAAGCCUUCGAAGCCAUCGAAGCUCAUAUCUCUCGCCCAGUAUUUAAGGUCGGGCGGAAAAGGGCGUAAAAGAUACGAAGCAUUCAUCCAUCAGAAACAAACGGAGACGGAAGCGUGGUUUUCCAAGUACCGCCGCAGGACGGCCAACCGCUCGUUUACAAGAAGGUCAACUAAAUCUGCCUCUUUGGCCCAAUUAGAAGGCCAUGGCUAUUCUUGUGUUAGAUGCUCCAAGAGCCGUGCUAGUAUCCUUCAACCUCUCGAAUAUGGCAGCAAUGCAUUAGCGGGUGACUGGGAACCCCGCUCCGUAAAUAACACAAUCCUCGUCCAGGCAGUCAUUGUAGAUACGACAAGCGAGAUUCGGCAAGACCGGAAUCACUUAUGUCUCUUUAUUCUUAGUCCGGGGCCGGAUCUUGGCCAUGGAGGCUCUAUCAGGGAGGUAAUCGAGGAGCACCUCAACAGGGGCCAAGCAUACCAUACUCUGCUCCACGGAGCUGCGCCGGGAGAUGAAGGACUCGACCGGUUCGUCCUCUGGAAUCUUCCUUGUACCUACCGCCCUUUUACCGUAAGGGAGGAAAAAGAUCUCAAAGCGUGGAAUGAGGAGAUAAAAGAAGGGCGCGAGCCUGACCUCAUGCCUAACAAGCGUUGGAUGCGCCUAUGGGAUCACUCCCAGAUGCUUUUAUAUUACCUACGACGUGAUUAUACGUAUAAUGAGGCUGCCGAAGCUGUGAAAUCAUUUCGUGACAGUCGAAGAGAAUAUAUCCGCCUAAAAGGCAAAUGGGGCGACGAUGGCGAUGACCGCGACAGCGUUGCGGGGCGAGUCGAUAUUGAUUCGUUUUGGCCAUACGUUGGGCACCAUCGAUAAGUAACAAUAGACAUGAGAAAUCCCCGACCGGCUUACUAUACGAUAUCACUUACGGGUUUGGUUUGCUGCAUGCUAUGCUGGCCACGAAGUCGAAAACCUGGAAUGAUUUUGAGAUUAUGAACGCAACGUAAAAGGGAAAAGAUGAUUUCAGUAUGUACCUUAGCCACGAGCUUCCAUAGUUAGGGCAGAGCUUCUUAGGAAACCCCUUUUUAUUUCCAUAUAUCGGAAUUUAGCCUUGUGAUAAACCACUCCUUUCCGUGCGCUACUGAACUCAUAAAACUUCAAUAUCUAAGAGGCGUGGUGCGUAGACAUCGACUUGGCGGCAUUCCCAAGUAAUUUCAGGAUGCGAUAUUCAAAUCAAAAUAUUUUCUCACCUUGUAUCAGUUGUCACCGGCGUCCAUAUCUCAGGCCAGGAUUCUCGGCGGAAUGACAAAGUUGUUUCUAUA